GAUUUGCUGAAUCUGUGACUGUCUGCCAACCAACGGGUCUAACAUUUAUCCUUUACUUAUUUAAUUUAACUCGUUUAACACACAGUUGUCUACGCAUAUUAACAAAAAUUAACUGUCGGCUCAGCAGUAUUAAGUAGUGAUUAAUUCGUACCCAAGAUCUCAGUUCCAUAUUGUCAAUUGUGUGUCAAACCAAUUGAUUGAAAUUAAUUUUUUUACCGUCAAUUAAUGCUAGUUGUACGAUGUUGUUUAGUUGACGUGAGACGUGCUAUUAGACGUAAAUAAUAGUUUGGUCCGAUGUAAUUAAUAACAACAAGAAAUGGUGGACAUGAUACAAAUGAGGGUUGUUGCGGUGCUACUUUUGCUAAUGCUGGGUUUGGCGACAGCCGGUCUGCCUGGGAGUGGAUCAGACCCCAAAUCUAGUCGGCGACUCGCCCCCUGUCAAAUCUGUCGGGUGCUGGUCACCUCUUUUAACACAGGGAUUGAACGGACAGCGAAAGGUCACUACACAGGUGGCGAUUCAGCUUGGGAAGAGGAAAACAAAAAAACUUAUAAAAAUUCCGAACUUCGAUUGACAGAAAUCCAAGAAAUGCUCUGUUCCGAAGUUUCUGUGGGCAAAGAUCACUGUCACGAGUUCCACAUAAAUAACGAAGACCUUCUGGAACAAUGGUGGGAGGAAGUGUAUCGCUUUGCCGGAGAAGACCUAGAUAGUUGGCUGUGCAUUAAUCAACUCAAAGUAUGCUGCAAAGAUAAUCAUUUUGGGGCCGAGUGCCUUCCCUGCCCCGGAUAUCCGGACAGUGUGUGCUCAGGUCACGGCAAGUGCAAGGGCAACGGGACAAGAAAAGGGAGCGGACAGUGCAGUUGCGAAACGGGGUAUGCUGGAGAACUGUGCGAAACUUGUGCACCAUUAUUUUUUCAAGGUCAAAAUGACGGUGAACCGAUUUCUUGUUCAGCUUGCCACAAGGCAUGCAAAGGGGGGUGUAAGGGGUCAGGGGCUAAAAGUUGUGAAUCUUGUAAGGAAGGCUGGGAAUUUGAUGAACAACUAGAAUGCAUUGAUGUUAACGAAUGCCUUUCGGAACAAAGAAAGUGUAAAAACACAGAAUUUUGUCAAAACAUGGAAGGGUCGUAUUCCUGUCUUGCAUGUGAUUUCGCUUGCAAUGGGUGUUUUGGAGAUGGUCCGGAUAUGUGCGAAACUUGUGCAGAAGGCUACACCAGACAGGGCAAGAUUUGCAAGGGUGGACAAUUCGAUUGUAGAACGUCAAAGCCAAAUGAAUACCACGCGUUACUUGACCUACUGCGGCCUGGCCAUUGUUUCCCUCAUCGUGCUCCAAAAAAAUGCAGCCCUGGCUAGCGUUAUCGGUGUAUCGUUCGGAGUUUACAUUGCUAUCACAGAAUAUUUGCUCACUGGAUGACCUCAUGGGAUUAAUUGGUUUUUAUAAACUUUUAUGACUAUAACCAAGUAGUGGUAAAAAAAUAAAAGUAAAAAAAUGUAUAUCUAACACA